AUGGCUUCCUACGAAAAGAACGGCUACGAUGUCGAAUACCAAUAUCCUGUCUCCGCGGGCGAGAAACACCACUCGGUCGUCCCUCCAGAUACCUCAGGCGCCGUCCAUGGAGAGUCAUUCGUCGUUGGAGAUUCCACCUAUGCAAAACUACAACGUCUUGCAGGACGGUUCCAUAUUGAACAGCGAGGUAUUGAACGAGUCCCUGAGGAUGAACGGACGGACAAGAGUACAUUUAAGGUCGGCACCAUGUGGCUCGCUGCCAACAUGGUCGUCUCUUCCUUCGCCAUUGGUGUCCUUGCUGUGCCCGUUUUCGCACUGGGCUUUGUCGACUCGGUGCUUACAAUUUUCUUCAUCAACUUGCUGGGUAUUAUCCCAGUAUGCUUUUUCUCCACCUUUGGCCCUCGAUUCGGUAUGCGCCAGAUGAUCCUCGGACGAUUCUGGUUCGGGUAUUACGGCGUCAAGAUUAUUUCGAUCUUCAAUUGUUUGGCAUGUCUUGGUUGGUCUUCUGUCAAUGUCAUAGUGGGCGCCCAGUUCCUCCGAGCAGUCAACGACGACGUACCCGCCGCAGCUGCCAUUAUCGUUUUGGCCGCAGGAACCUUUAUCAUCACCUUGUUCGGCUACAAGAUCGUGCACAUCUAUGAGAUGGUGUCCUGGAUACCUUCCUUCAUCAUUCUCCUCAUCACGUUGGGCGUGUUUGCCCAUCGGGGAGACUUUGUCAACAUUCCAAUGGGUAGUGGCGAAGGCGAAGCAGGCUCGGUCUUGUCCUUUGCUGCUUCGAUUUUCGGAUUUGCCACGGGCUGGGCUUCCUACGCCAGCGAUUACACAUGCUAUCAACCUGUCAGCACUCCGCGGACCAAGGUCUUCUUCUAUGUAUUCUGUGGACUUAUGUUCCCUUUGUGUUUCACUCAGAUGCUGGGCGUGGCCAUUGCGACGGCCAUCCCCUCCCACCAGGCGUAUUCGGACGCUUACGACAAGAACGCCGUUGGAGGUCUUCUUCAUGAAGUACUCGUUCCGCGCCUAGGUGGCUUCGGGAGCUUCUGUCUUGUCGUUCUGGCUCUGUCGACAAUCGCCAACAACGCACCCAAUAUCUACUCCCUCACCUUCUCUCUGCAAAACCUGACACACUAUGCGCAGAGAGUUCCGCGAUUCUGUUGGACGCUUGUUGGAACUGUCGUCUACUGCGCCAUUGCAAUUCCGGGCUUUGACCACUUCGAGUCGGUGCUGGAGAACUUCAUGCUGGUGAUUGGCUACUGGCUCGCCAUCUACGAGGGUAUCGCCUUGCCAGAACACUUCAUCUACAAGCGUGGGUUCUCUGGAUAUAUCCCGGAGAAUUACGACCAGCCGAAGAAGCUGCCUCCCAGCAUUGCUGCCUUGAGUGCGUUCCUUUUCGGUGUGCUGGGAGCCGCAAUGGGAAUGGCGCAAGUGUGGUACAUUGGUCCCAUCGGCAAGCUGAUCGGGAUCGGGUAUGGUGGUGACAUUGGAUUUGAGUUGGCAUUCUCCUUCACUGCCGUCACGUAUGUGCCGCUCAGAUGGUUGGAGAGGAGAUACUUCCACCGGUGA